CUUCGGCAAGGCCUUUCGCCCCCCUGAAAGCUUCCCCUCCGAAGACAGCAGCAGCAGUAGCAGCAGCAGCAGCAGCAGCAGCAGCAGCAGCGGGCGCCCCUACUUGGCUUCUCGCGUGGACAGCUGGUGCUUCGGGUGGAGCGCCUUUUACCUGCUGACGGGCCAUGCCCUGUUUGCUCGUGCUGCUCCCCUUUCAGUUUUAUCUGCUGCCUGCGGCGGGGCAGCAGCAGCAGGAGCCGCAGCAGGGGCAGCAGCAGGAGCAGCAACAGGUGCAGCAGCAGCAGCUGGAGGCCCUGCUGCUGCGGGCGCGGGGGCCCCUGAACGGGGCGCAGGCCGUUUGCUGCGGACAUUUGCCGAGGCGACGCACCUGCUGGCGGCGUCGCCUGCAGCAGCAGCAGCAGCAGCAGCAGCAGCAGGCGCAGCAGCAGCAACUGCAGCAGCAAACGGCGAACCCUGGAGACGCUGCUUGCUGCUGUGGACAGGCAAGGCGCAGCAAGUCUGGAAUGAACUUGGAGUCUCUUCUUUGUCUUCUUCUUUUCUUGAUUUGGUGCUGCUGCUGACGCGGCCCCACGGCAAAGACAGACUGGCCCUGACAGCAGCACUUAGCCACCCCUGGUUCGCCCCCCUGCAGCAGCAGCAGCAGCAGCAGCAGCAGCCCGCCUGGCGAGUGCGGCUCGGAGAGCUGCCUGAGCUGCUGCGCGCAGUCCGGGAGAAGGCAGCAGCAAGAUCCGCUGCUGCUGUUAGCUGCUGCUGCUCUCCACACUCCCCGAAAUUGGUAGAAACGCUGCGCCUCGAAGAAGUCUUCGGCGGACCAGCUGCUGCUGCUGCUGCUGCUGAGGGCCCAGGUGCUGCUGCGCCUCCGCUUCAGGCAGCACUUGUCCCCCAAAAGUUUAAAGGAGUUCUCAAGCAGCAGCUCUGCAGAAGCGGCAGGCCUUCGCACACGCUGCUCCUGCGGAGCCAAAGCAUGCAGCAACAGCAGCAGCAGCAGCAGCAGCGGCAGCAGCAGCAGCAGCAAUUACAGAGACAAGAGAAUCAGACACGCCUGCUCGAUAUCACAAAGGAGUCCCCGCCAACGCUACAAAAGCUGCAGCGCAUGCAAGUGCAACAGACGGAGCAACAACGCAUUCAUCAUCCGCAGCAGCAGCAGCAGCAGCACCUGCAGCAGCAGCAAAUAAUGCAGCAGACUGCAGGCCAGCAGCAGCGUCAAGAUAAAGCUCAGCUACAGAAGCAGGAGGCGCAGCCAAAUUCACGUGAGCAGCAAGAGCAGCAGCAGCAGCAACCAGCCGGGCAGCAAAAUUUAAGGCCAGACCACCUCGUGCUGCAGUCAGUCCAGCAGCAGCAGCAGCAGCAGCUACAGCAGCAAGCAAAAGAAGACAUGCAUGCUGCUAAACUUUGUAAAAAGCCACUGCAGCAACAGCAAAUACAGCAGGCGCAGCAGCCGGUUCGGCCGCAGCAGCAGCAGCAGGUGCAGCAGCUGGAGACGCAGCAGCAGACGCAGCAUCAGCAUUACCAGCAGCACCAGCAGCAACGGCAGCAGCAAGAAGCCGCUUUAAAGGAGGUGCUCAGCAGAAGCAGCAGCUGUUGGGAGCCGCAGCUGCCAGCUGCAACGGCGCAGGGAAACAGCUUUCUGUCUCGCAUGGAGCAAAUGCAGCUGCUGGAGCAGCAGCAGCUGCAGCAGCAGCAGCAGCAGCAUCUGGUCAGGCAGCAAAACCUGCUGAGGCAGCAACGCCCCUCUUACCGAGAGACACAAUUAGCAGCUCCAGAGAAGCUGCCGUCUCUUGCCCUGGCUCACUGCGGGAUGUGCGAGCCGCAGCAGCAAGAGCAGCAGCAGCAGCAGCAGCAGCAGCAGGUUGAGCAGCAGCAGCGGCAGCAGCAACGACGCCGCCACCAGCUAGAUCAGCUGAGGCAGCUGGAGCAGCAAAUGAAAACCCUCAGUAGCUGGGACGCCUCUGAGGCGCCGAGCCAGCAGCAGCAGCAUCAGAGCCAGCAGCAGCAGGAGCAGCAGCAGCAGCAGGAGUGGCAGCAGCAGCAAAAGCAGUACCAAGAGGCUCUUCAAAGACUGCAUGAUCUAAUUGUCCUCAGAGACAAGCUGGAGAAGCAGCUCGAAGAACAGACGGCCAUAGACAACGCACAGCUGCGGCAGCAGCAGCAGCAGCAGCAGCAGCAAAAGCAGGAUCAGAGGCCGCAGCCAGGGCGGCUGCUGCCCAUUGACCCGCAAGCAUGCACGAAGGCCCAGGGGCAUCGGUAUGAGCUGCAGGCGCAGCAGCAGCAGCAGCAGCAGCUGCAGCAACAGCAGCAACACCAGCAGCAACGAAGCCGACAGGGACAAUCUCAGUACCCUGGAAGAGGCCGCGAGCCAUAUCCAAGAGCUCGCGGAGGAAAGGCAGCAGCAGCAGCAGCAACAGCAGCAGCAGCAGCACCAGCAACAAAAACAGCUCUCAUGAGGUCGCAGCGGAAGCUGGGGCCUCCUGCUGCGCCCCAUGUAACACUGUCCAUACACUCCAAAUAG